UCGCCAAAGCAGUAGUGCCGUUGCGAUCUCGGACCGAAGGAUCGCGGGUUCGAGUCCCGCCUCGGCAUGGUUGUGUUGUGUUCGUCCUUUCACCCCUAUUCAUAACGUCAUCCUCCAUCUCUCAUUAUCACCUUUCUGAAUAACAUUCAGAAUUGUAACUCCAGCAUUUAUCCUCAUCUCAAGAUGACAAAACACCUUCGACAGUCGACCAUGAACUAGUGAAGUGGAACGACUUAAGUGGUCCAAUGUGGCUAAUCAAGUUAAUAAUAAUAAUGUCAUUCAAACAAGAGAGCCUACAUGGUAAAUAUAUGUGUUAUUUUGUUGCAGGUAGUGUAAGGUCGUCAUGAAGCCAAAAAGCAAAUACAAACUUGUUGCUCCUGAUGGUGGAUGGGGUUGGGUUAUUGUUCUUGGUGUCAGCAUUCUUAAUUUUGCCUCAAGAUCUCUUGAACCAUCAUUUGGUCUUCUCUUUGGAGAUCUUUUGAAGCAAUUAGAUGUAGCUACAACAGGAGCAUCAGUUAUUGUGAGCACUAUGGAUUCUGUGGUAAAUUUUUCA